ACCACGGAAUUCCUCAAAGCUAAGAAAUCAAACACACACUCUCUCACACAGACACACAACUCCAUAUCUCAAUUCCCACUUUCUCACUCCAAAACUCCUAACAAAAAUGGCGAACGUUCUGCCAUUCUUCAUGGGCCACCAGGCCGGGUCUCUAGGGCAACAAGGGAUGAGCCAAAUGGGUCUGGGCAUGGCCAUCGCUGCCUCCAUGGUGGUCCUAACCAUGUUCCAGCAAUUCCUGCUCACCCACUUCCGCGGGUACGUCGAGCAGCUCCUGCGGAAGCUGUUCAAGUCACUGGACCCGAACGUACAAAUCAGGUUCACCGAGGACUCGACGGGCGGGCCGAAAAACCACGAGGCCUACACCGCCGUGGAGACCUACCUUAGCUCCAGAUGCUCGGCCCAAGCCCCGCGGCUGAAGGCUAAUUCGGUCAGAGAUAUUACAACUCCGGUGCUGUGUGUAGAUGUCGGCGAGGGGGUUGACGAUGAGUUUAAUGGGGUUGUGGUUCGGUGGCAACUGGUGGAAGAGGAAAAUAAUGGUGAUGUGUUCCGCGGCGGCUCAAGGAAGAACAGGUACUAUACCCUUUCCUUUCGAAAAAUGAACCGAAAGAUCGUGGUGGAGGAAUACCUGAGGCAUGUGAUGGAGGAGGGUAAGGCGGUGAAGGCAAGGAAUCGGCAGUUGAAGCUCUACUCCAACAGUUCGAGCGGGAGCGAAUGCUACUGGAAUUACAUCAUGGAUUUCGAUCAUCCAGCCAAAUUCGAGACUCUGGCUCUGGAGAAGGAGAAGAAGGAAGACAUUAUCGACGAUCUGAUCAGGUUUUCUACCGGGAGAGAGUACUAUAGGAGGAUCGGAAAGCCAUGGAAGAGAGGGUAUCUCCUUUACGGUCCUCCGGGCACGGGUAAAUCCACGAUGAUCGCAGCAAUGGCGAAUCUCCUCAGCUACGACGUAUACGACCUCGAGUUAACAGCGGUUCUAAGCAACGCCACGCUAAAGCGCCUCUUGAACAGGAUCCCCUGCAAUUCCAUUCUCGUGAUCGAAGACAUCGAUUGUUCGAGCAAAAUUACUAACCAAAGGGAGACGAAUAGUCAGGGGGGCGAAAAAACGGAGAAGAUAUUUGAACGAGUAACGUUAUCCGGGCUGUUGAAUUGCAUCGACGGACUUUUCUCGGCAAACGAUGGCGGGAGGCUGAUGGUUUUCACGACAAACCACGUGGAGGCGAUCGACUCGGCGCUGCUCCGGAGGGGGAGAAUGGACAAGCAUGUGGAGAUGCCGUUUUGCGGGUUCGAGGCGUUUAGGAUUCUGGCGGAGAAUUAUCUGGGGAUUGAGGAUCACGAGCUGUUUGCGAAGAUCAAGGCGUUGUUGGAGGAGAUUGAUGUUACUCCGGCGGAUGUGGCGGAGAAUUUGAUUGCGAGGAGGGGGAAAGGCGAGGAGGAUUCGGGUGAGGAGUGCUUGAACAAAUUGAUCGAAGCGUUGGAGAAGAAAGUGGAGGAAAAUAGAGUUAAAAGUGCUGAACAACCCUUGCUCUAGAGAAAGCCCAACAUAAGCUUGUUGGGUUUGGACCAAUCUUCAGUCCAGUCUACUGUCAUUCAGUUUGUUCCAGUUUUGAACCAUUGUGGUUUAUUCGUCGUUAAUUAUGCCACUUAUAUA